CAUUGAACCCAAUCUGGCAACCUUGCCAUAAUAUGCCAGUCGUGCGGCUCUUAGUGUGUUAUAGUAUUUCUCUUUUCCAGUUAAAUGUCUAUACAACAAAACGCGUUGUCAUUUCAGUAUGUCCUAAAAGGGCUUCCGUGACGCAUUAUCGGAUUGUAUUAGCAUGGGCUAAAACAAAUAUAUGCACAAAAAGAAAGGAGAGUUUAGCUUUUGCCAGGUGUAUUGGCUGGUAGUUAGCUUGCUAGCUAAGCUACAAAUAUGACAUUCUUUGUUAGCUAGCCGGCUAAUUUCUGUGGAUAUCUUUAAGUUUGUUUAAACUUGAGUUUUUUCAUUCGUGUCGUGAAUAAUAUUCGCAGCAGGGGACGUUUUCUUUUUCCUGAAUGUCCGCAGCUUAAACAAUGAGGAACAAAGAUGAACCCGAAAUUCUUGCGGAUUGUACCGGUAGGCAGCGUCUGGCUGAAUCCCAAAUCGACCUCUAAUUAAACACAGUACCGGAAACUCCUGAGGCCAAGCGUCCGUCUAAACCCGGUGCUGUCAAAGCCUCCGAUCCUGUACUGGUGGACUCGUCCUCCGAUUCGGAUGUGGAGAUAUCAGGGAGCUCUAUGAUCUCAGUGGGGCCGGGGAAAACUACUGCGACUUCAACUCAGGACAUGAUCUCGUUCUCUGAUGAAGAGGACGAAGUAACAGAGGUGAAGAUGGAGACGUCGCUUCAUGAAGGACAGGAACAGCAGACGGAGACCAGACACGAACAUCCUUCAUCCUUGAAGACAUCUGGAAACGGAGAUACAGUGUGUAAAAGGAGGCAGGAAGAGAUGUGUGAUGAUUCCCAGGAGAGCAACCAGAGCAGCAAGAAGAGGCGUGAGUCACUGACAGAUGAUUCGGCAGAGGAGGGACCUGAGCCCAGCUGGAGGGAGCAGGAGAGCAUGGUGAAGAAGCUGCAGCGUAAUUUCCCCCAUCUCAACAAGGAGGAGCUCAGGGACGUGCUUCAUGAACACAGCUGGGUCAUCGAGGACGCCCUGGAGGCACUGCGCAUGUUCUCUGAGCACGUGGUGGAGUGCAGCAGUGAUGACUCUGACUCUGAACCCCCUCCAUCUCCCGAACACAAAAGCACAAAUCCGACUCCGAACCCCAGCACGUCUGCAACACAGCAGGUACCCCACAGACCCCUAAAUGGAGACAGAGACACACGGAUGAGGAGGAGACGGCACACAAGAGAAAUCCAGAAGCAAGACAGCAGCUCAGAAGACCACGCCAGUGACUUUGAGGCAUCACCUGGACCCUUAGACUUGGACUCGGAUUCGGACGAGGCCGACGAGAAGCUUCCCAGACUAAAGGCUCAGAUCCUGGACUUCUUCCAGAAGGCCACGGUUGAUGAGCUGACGCUGAUCGCUGGCUGCUCUCUGAAGAAGGCUCAGAAAAUCAUCGAGCUGAGACCGUAUCAAACAUGGAACGAUCUGGAUGAUGUCCUACACAGAGGUAAUGGCCUCUCUGCGGAGCUGCUCACCGGGUGUCGAGAGGUCCUGAGGGAGCGAGAGGUGGUACAGGGGCUCAUGGUCAAGUGUGAGGAAAUUUCCAGAAAGAUGGCCGAGUUGGUGCAGAAGGGACUGGGAUCUAUGAGGCAGCCACACAUCCUUAACAGCACGUUCGAGCUGAAACCGUACCAGCUGAUUGGCCUUAGCUGGCUGACCCUGCUUCACAAGAACCAGCUGAGUGGGAUUCUGGCGGAUGAGAUGGGUUUGGGGAAGACCAUCCAAGUCAUCUCGUUUCUGGCGCACUUGUAUCAGGAGGGGAACCGAGGGCCUCAUCUCAUCACUGUGCCUUCCUCCACGCUUGAUAACUGGGUCCGAGAGCUUAACCUUUGGUGCCCGAGCUUAAAGGUGCUGGUUUACUACGGGUCUGUCGAGGAACGGAAAUGCAUCCGCUAUGAGAUCCUGAACGAAGAGGUGGACUAUAACAUCAUUGUCUCAACAUACAACCUGGCCAUUGGGAACUCCAGCGAUCGCAGCCUGUUCCGUAAGCUCAAGCUGGAAUAUGCCGUGUUCGAUGAAGGCCACAUGCUGAAGAACAUGAGCUCGCUGCGCUAUCGCCACCUCAUGGGCAUCAAUGCCAAAUAUCGGCUGUUGCUGACUGGAACGCCGCUGCAGAAUAACCUGCUUGAGCUGAUGUCUCUGCUUAACUUCAUCAUGCCCAACAUGUUCUCCAGCAGCACCUCACAGAUCGCCAAGAUGUUCUCCAUGAAAUCCUCAGAGGAGCAGAGCAGCUUUGAGAAAGACCGGAUUGCUCACGCCAAACUCAUUAUGAAACCCUUCAUCCUGCGGCGUAUCAAAAGCGAGGUCCUGAAGCAGCUGCCUGCCAAGGAGGAGCAGAUCAAGUUCUGCGCCAUGAGCGAGAAACAGCAGCAGCUUUAUGACGCUCUGUUCAGCAAGCUAAAGAGCUCCAGCAACACAGAGAAACGGGAACUGACCAAUGUCAUGAUGCAGCUGAGGAAGAUGGCCAAUCACCCGCUCCUGCACCGCCAGUAUUACUCCAGCAGACGCCUCUCCGCCAUGAGCAGACUCAUGCUCAAGGAGCCGAGUCAUCGUGACUCAGACCCAGCUCUGAUCGAGGAGGACAUGGCGGUGAUGUCAGACUUCGAGCUGCAUCGUCUGUGCCAGCAGUACCCUGCGCUACAGGAGCAUCAGCUGACCACAGAGCAGCUGCUGGACUCGGGGAAGCUCUACCUCCUCACACCCCUUCUGACGGACCUCAAAGAACAGGGUCACCGAGUGGCCCUCUUCAGCCAGUUCACCAUGAUGCUGGACAUCCUGGAGGUGCUGCUCAAACACCACAAGCACAGGUACAUCCGAAUGGACGGCUCCACACCAAUGAGUGACCGGAUUGUGCUGAUUGACCAGUUCAACACGGAGCAGGACAUCUUUGUGUUCCUGCUGUCCACUAGAGCUGGAGGACUCGGCAUCAACCUGACCUCCGCUAACGUCGUCAUCCUGCACGACAUCGACUGCAAUCCGUACAACGACAAGCAGGCAGAGGACCGGUGUCACCGCGUCGGACAAACCAGGAAUGUUAAGGUGAUCAAGCUGAUAAGCAAAGACUCUAUAGAGGAUGCCAUGCUCCGCAUCGGCCAGAGGAAACUCAAACUAGAGCAGGACAUGACCGCCACUGAGGAAGGUGACGAGGACACCAUUCCUGAUGACAUGGCCUCCCUCCUGAAAGCUUCACUGGGACUCUGAGAAGCAGAAAUACACUGGAUCAUCAGUGUGUGUUUGUGAGAGUGUCCUGUUACAUUUUGACUGAAGUACUGUAACACUAAUAAGUAUGACUGAUUUGCUGUUAAAAACAUGCACUGAUCAUGUAAGUUUAUACUGGAAAACUCCAACAUUCUGCAGGAAAUGCAGCGUGGUUUCUGGUUCCGUUUCAGAAAGUAAGAAAGUAUUGUACUCUUUUUAUUUUCUGUUUGUGCCAAAUGUUUAAGUAAUAAAAAAAAGUAAAACCACAGUAUGCAUUUUUCAACCUCAGGUUUUGUAUAUUACUACUACUACAACUGCUACUACAAAUAAUAAUAGUAAUCAUCAUCAUCAUCAUCAUUUUGGUAUGUGAAAGAAAAGAUUAUCUGGGAAAACAUCUUUUGUGUAGUAUAUCCAAUCACAAGUGCAAAAAGUAUUUUAUACAUAUUUGCAUUUUUGCACAUGCAAUGAUUAAUGUAUACUAUCCGAAUUUAAUUAUAACUUUUAUCAUUUAAUUGUUAUUAAAUAAUACAAAAUGAAAAAGGAGCUCUAACAGUAUUGCAAAACCUCAAUUCUAUAUCAGUACUGUGUUUAUUACUUUACUAAUAAAUAAAUUUAAAAAAAUCCACGUGCAAAAGUGCAUUCAGUGUAGCGAAUGUGUCACACUCGAUCACAAGGGCAAACAUGUCAAUUUUAAUGACUAUUUUAAUAAUUAUUUAACCACGACUGCACUCUUAGCAGCAGUUAUUUAUGUUAAUUAUAUCUUCGUUAUUAUUUUUUAUUAUUAAAUAUAACACAAAGUUGUAUGAAAGGAGAACGCGUACUCAGCGUGGCGAAUGUGCUACACCCGAUCACACGCUAUUUCCACUGUGACUUGUUUGAACGUUGGCGCGAGCUGAGUAAACAGACCGAAGUAUAGGAAUCGGAUUAGAUAAUAAAAGAUUAUUUAUCAUAAAUCACAGGUUUUGUGUCUAGGAGCAGUCGUAAUAAAC